AUGGCCACUGCCGUCACGGCCGCCUUUGCGGGCCUGUCGCUCGCAAAGGAGGAGCCGACGUCGCUGCAGGUGGGCGUGAAGCGCUCGGUGCCGGCGCACGAGUGCCCCAUCAAGUCGCAGGGCGGCGACAAGCUCAGCAUGCACUACACCGGCACCCUCUGGGACGGCAAGAAGUUUGACUCGUCCCUCGACCGGGGGCAGCCGUUUGAGUUUACCAUUGGCGUCGGACAGGUCAUCAAGGGCUGGGACCAGGGCCUGCUCGACAUGUGCGUGGGCGAGAAGCGGAAGCUGCAGAUUCCCUCGGAGCUGGGCUACGGAAAGCGGGGCGCAGGCGGCGCCAUUCCUCCCGAUGCGACGCUCGUCUUUGAAGUCGAGCUGCUCGACAUUGACGGACCUCGCGCCAGUGCACUCAAGAAGAGACAUGAGGAGCUGUAG